UCAGCUGUUUUCAUUUCUUCUAAGCCGCAAGUUAUUUCUCUAAAACGGCGUAUUGUUAUGGUUUCAUAGCCAUGUGUGAAUUAAAAUGGGCUCAAUCGCAUCUGUGCUGCAAUGGCACUGUCAAGCGUGUGGUCAGAUCAAUCCAACAGAGAGUGUAAAGUGUUUAAAAUGUGGUACAAAAAGGGUUUCGAGUCAUGACACAAAUUUACAAAAACAAUAUUAUACGGGGGAUUCUUCAUCGGAAUACGCUUCUCGUACGGAAAAAAGCGGCGGUACAACACCCGGAUCAGAAGCUAUUGUUAUACCAACAACAAAUAACUUCAAUCGUGGAUGGUCGAGCGUGGGCUCCGCGCCGGGUGCGAGCCGCGCGUGGCGGUGCGCGUGCGGGCUGCGCAACGUGUCCGCGUCGUGGCGAUGCGCCGCGUGCGACUCGCUCGCUUUGCACGCGCCUGUUUACAGAUUAUCUGAUGAUGAAGAACAAGCUGCAGGGAUGACGGACAAAGACAAGUCUGAUAAAGACAGUAUGAUAAGGUCCAACACCCUGGCUGUUCCGUCGUAUAAGCCCUCGUCCAGUUACUCCGAUGGCCGCCGUUUGAAUCUCGACCUGCAGUCGUUGCGCUUGUCCCCCACUCAGCUCACAGACCAAGCGCACGGUGUCACACGCUCCCUGUCCCACGGCUCUGUGAUCAAUUCCCAGCACAAAUGGUGGAACAUUGAAGAAACAAGGAGCACAAUCAGCAGACCCACGAGUUUAAUGGUCUCCGAGAGAUACGGGUGCCACGCGUCAACAUACAACCCCAGAGAAUCUUUCUUGAGGAGUCUGCAUACGGUUACAAGAAGACCGAAAAAGUGUAACGAAAGCAAGUCAAAUUGGGAGCUGAAUUACGUGAAGGAAUAUCAAAGGGAGCAGAGCAGAGCGCUGCAUUUGAAGAAAUGGGCAUGCAGUAAGUGUACGUUAGAAAACUCGGGGAUUAGGACGCACUGCGAAGCCUGCUUGUCCCCAAGAAUAUCGCCGUUGGCGAGAAUUCCAAACACACGUGGUCUCAGUGUCACGACUUUAGGAAGGCACGAGACAUUUAAUCGUGAUGGAGGGGCUACAUCGUUACCCACAUCUGGAGGGGUAAUGAUAACUGUCCCUGAUUGGCCACAGACAGAUGGGAGUCUAAGAGAAUCUUUGAAACGAUCUGUCAGUGCGCAGAAUUCUCCAGAAAUAAGGCCGACGUAUCGCCGCUCGUUUUCAGAGCAGACGAGUGAAAAUCGGCCGAUUGGAAAAGUCAUAUCCAGUAGACGGAGCUUGAAUGAUUAUCAAAAGUCGUUAGAAAGUUAUUGCUCGCUGAAGGACGAGAGACGGGAGAGCUUGGCGGAGAAGAAAAUCGACGAAUCGAACGCAGAAUUGGUAGAUAAGGAAUGCAGUUGGGACACGAACGCCGAGGGUGUGAUAUACGCGUUGCCCAAUAAAGGGAAAUACAAGGACUUGAAUCUGCAGUUACAAGUGAACAAUAAUGGUACAAGAUACUCGUAUGUGUCGGUUCAAGAUACCAAAACAGUAAUGUCGAAUUCACAGAACGAGGCGUUGUAUUCCAACGACAUAGGUGAUGGGGACUAUGCGAGGAUAGAUGAGUUAUUAGGCGCGGAGAACUGUCUGUCGCCGGUCGGUGAAAGUAAUUUAAGGACUUCUCAUAUCGGUGCGAAGGAAACCGGCAAAGUGUUCAAUAUGUUGCCGUCGAUGGGCAAAGUGUCGCAUAACCCGCGGGAGCCGUCUAAAGUGCCUUCAACACAAACUUCUCGUGAAACCAGCGGUCGCAUGUGGCAAUGCAGCGAGUGCUGGUUCGCGUAUAACGCGUGGGGCUCACGCUGUGAGGUGUGUCGCAGCGUGAGACCGCCCCACGCUACCACGCUGGCGCCCACGCCGCAACCUAACGCUAGAUUAAAUACAACAGAAGCAAGUGGCGCUAAGGCUGAAUUAAAUCGACCGGAUCAGCCAAAGAAGCUAACGGUGCCUAUCGCUUCUCUGGACCAUGAUUUGAACAGUGAUGAACUGCUGUUCGCUGUUGACACGUCGACGCCAGCCGAGUUGACGUGGUCGUGUUCCCGCUGCACGCUGGUGAACGAGGCCAGCGCGAGCGCGUGCGCAGCGUGCGCGGGCUCCAAGCCCACUGCGCAGGCCUACUGGUCGUGCAGUUCGUGUACACUACGUAACCCAGUGUCUGCGAACUUGUGCUUGGCUUGCAAGACGCCGCCCGUGCCAAAGCACGCGGUGCCAACAGAUAACCACGUGGCGGCCGCGGGGCGAAGUCCGUCACCCAGACGUGGAGCCCGGGGUACUCCGGCGUUGCCUCGCCGCGGUUCAAGACAUAAAACACCUCCUCCUGAUGCUAAGCCAGAAACAACAGAGUGGCCGUGCUCCGAGUGCACGUAUAUGAACAGUGAAAGUGCUAUAUCGUGCGAGAUGUGCCAAUCGCCCAAAACUAGGUUAUUGCCAGCAGCCCCAGACCAGCCUAGCUUGGAUGAUGAUGAUUCGCCAGAGGGUUCGGACGGAGAGAGACAAGAGAGCACUCCGAUGGAAAUAUUGCGCUUGAGAGAGGAGAGUCAUGCGUGGACGCAGUGGCAAGAGGUUCUGGCACAGUGUGCUGCGACGGGCGAGAUGUACGUGGACGAAUCGUUCCCAGCAUCAGCUCGGUCUCUAUACUACAAUGGCGCCGGUGAGAGCGGUGCUGCAGCGAGAUGGCUCCGUCCGCACCAGAUACACGUGGACGCGGAUCACAGACUGCCCUGGGCGGUGUUCCGGGAUCCGAGACCUUCGGAUAUAUCGCAGGGUGUUCUCGGCAAUUGCUGGCUAUUAUCAGCGCUCGCUGUCCUCGCGGAAAGAUCAGCGCUGGUUCGCAGCGUAGUUGUUCGCGCUGAACCCGAGCGUGGCGCUUAUCAGCUUCGACUGUGCAAGGAUGGCCGCUGGCUGACGCUGACGUUGGAUGAUCAGCUGCCGUGCAAUAAAAAGGGCCAUUUGGUGUAUUCACAGGCAAAGAGAAAGCAACUUUGGGUUCCGUUAAUAGAGAAAGCAGUCGCCAAACUACAUGGAUGUUAUGAAGCCCUGGUAUCUGGAAGGGCGAUAGAAGGUCUGUGCACACUGACGGGCGCGCCGUGCGAGUCGGUGUCGCUGCAGGCGGGCGGCGCGGGCGGGGCGGGCGGCGCGGCGGGCGGCGCGCCGCUGGAGCAGCUCGACCGCGACCUGGUGUGGGCGCAGCUGCUGUCCUCGCGCCAGGCCAGCUUCCUCAUGGGCGCCAGCUGCGGCGGCGGCAACAUGAAGGUGGACGAGGAAGAGUACCAGCGGCUCGGGCUGCGCCCUCGGCACGCGUACUCAGUCCUGGACGUGGUGGAGCUGACGGCGGGCCACCCGUGCGUGCGGCUGCUGCGCCUGCGCAACCCGUGGGGGCACUACACGUGGCGCGGCGCCCCGCCCGACCCGCUGCGCCGCCAGCUGCCCGCACCCAGCGCCGACCGCGACCAGGGAGUCUUCUGGAUCAGCUUCGAGGACGUGCUGCGAUAUUUCGACUGCAUCGACAUAUGCAAAGUGCGUGCCGGUUGGCACGAGGUGCGGCUGGCUGGUAUCUUACCGCCGAUGUCUUCGACUCGACACUUAACCUGCUUGUUGCUAACCGCCACACAACCUACGGAAGUGGAUUUCACACUUUUUCAAGAAGGGCAGAGAAACUCAGCGAAGAGUCAACGUUCGCAACUCGAUUUGUGCGUAGUUGUGUUCAGGACGAAAUCCGGUCCAAGCGCACAGGUCGGCAAACUGGUUGCCCAUAGCAAACGACAGGUGCGCGGUUUUGUCGGCUGCCACAAGAUGCUCGAAAAGGGUUUCUACCUGGUCGUCUGUCUGGCUUUCAACCACUGGCAUACUGGCCUAGAACUGGCCGAUAGUUCUGCCUGGCCUAGACACGUACUGGCCGCACACUCGUCCAAACCACUGGCCGUGGAAAGACCUUCGUUGCAUCCACAUAUAUUGGCAGACGCGAUUAUAGGGCUGACCCUAGCGAGGGGGCAGAGGCAUGAAGGCAGGCAGGGCAUGACGGCGUAUUAUUUGACUAAGGGUUGGGCGGGUCUGGUAGUGAUGGUAGAAAACAGACAUACAGACAAAUGGAUACACGUGAAGUGUGACUGCCAGGAGAGUUACAACGUUGUGUCGACGCGCGGGGAACUGAAGACCAUAGACUCGGUGCCGCCUUUGCACAGACAAGUGAUAAUAGUACUAACUCAGCUAGAAGGCAGCGGCGGGUUCUCCAUAGCCCACCGGUUAACACAUCGGCUGGCUGCAGGCGGGCGGCUGCAGGACUGGGCGCCAAGGGAUGAUGAGCCCCACAACCACCCGCACCACCGCCCGCCCAUCGCCAGGAGGCUGCUGGGACUACACGCCCCACGGCUCAUCACAUAGAGCACCAGCUCUAUCUAGAGAACUC